AUGGCUUCUUCUACGGCGACGUCGAUGUUGUUCUUCACGGCGGCAGUCCUAUUGGCAGGGUUACUGCCACUGGGAGCAAAAGCGGAGUACGUAGCUUAUAAUACGACGGCGGGGAUCGUUCCCGGCAAAAUCAAUGUCCAUUUGGUUCCCCACUCUCACGACGACGUCGGCUGGCUCAAGACCGUUGACCAGUACUACGUGGGCGCCAACAAUUCAAUUCGCGGCGCUUGCGUGCAGAACGUCCUCGACUCUGUAAUUUCGGCCUUGCUGGAGGACAAGAACCGCAAGUUCAUCUAUGUCGAGAUCGCUUUCUUCCAGAGAUGGUGGAGACAGCAAAGCCCCGCUUUGAAGAUCAAAGUCAAGGAGCUUGUCAACUCUGGUCAGCUAGAGUUCAUAAAUGGGGGCAUGUGUAUGCACGACGAGGCCACACCGCACUACAUUGACUUGAUUGAUCAGACAACCUUAGGCCAUCUAUUUAUACUGAAAGAAUUUGGCAAGGUUCCUCGAGUUGGCUGGCAGAUUGAUCCUUUUGGCCAUUCUGCUGUUCAAGCUUACUUGCUUGGUGCUGAGUUAGGAUUCGAUUCCCUAUUUUUUGCUCGAAUUGAUUACCAAGAUAGAGCUAGGAGACUCAGGGAUAAGACUCUCGAGGUUAUAUGGCAGGGUUCUAAAUCCCUUGCUUCCUCUUCGCAGAUUUUCACUGGCAUUUUCCCCAGGCACUAUGAUCCUCCUGACGGUUUCACAUUUGAAAUAAAUGAUGUGUCACCCCCUAUUCAGGAUGACAUUCUCCUGUUUGACUAUAAUGUUCAAGACCGAGUCCAUGACUUUGUUGCAGCUGCUUUUGCACAGGCUAACGUGACAAGAACAAACCAUAUUAUGUGGAACAUGGGAACAGAUUUCCGUUAUCAAUAUGCAAAUUCAUGGUUCAGGCAGAUGGACAAAUUCAUUCAUUAUGUCAAUCAGGAUGGGCGUGUCAAUGCGUUGUAUUCAACCCCAUCAAUCUACACUGAUGCAAAAUAUGCAGCACAUGAGCAAUGGCCUUUAAAAACUGAUGAUUUCUUUCCGUAUGCAGACCAUCCAAAUGCAUAUUGGACUGGUUAUUUUACAAGUCGGCCAGCCCUUAAAGGUUAUGUCAGAACUAUGAGUAGUUACUAUCAGGCAGCUAGGCAGUUGGAGUUCUUUAGAGGCAGGAGUGAUUCUGGAGCAACCACCGAUGCAUUAGCUGAUGCUUUGGCUAUUGCUCAACAUCAUGACGCAGUUAGUGGUACAGAAAGACAGCAUGUUGCUGCCGAUUAUGCAAUGCGAUUGUCAAUAGGCUAUUUACAGGCUGAAAAGUUGGUUGCCUCUUCUCUUGCUUACCUUUCUGAGUCAGAGUCAAGUUCUGGGCAGGGGCACACUGUCACAAACUUUCAACAGUGCCCUCUUCUUAAUAUUAGUUAUUGUCCUCCAUCAGAAGCUGUCUUGUCUGAUGGGAAGAGCUUGAUUGUCAUUGUCUACAAUUCUCUUGGUUGGAAGAGAGAGGAAGUGAUACGGAUCCCUGUAUCCAAUGAAGCUGUUACUGUUCAGGAUUCUAGUGGAAGAGACAUUGAAGCUCAGCUUCUACCUCUAUCAAAAGCCUCUUUGAGUCUAAGGAGUUACUAUGUUAGAGCAUAUUUGGGUAAGUCCCCAAGUGAACCACCCAAGUUUUGGCUAGCAUUUUCAGUGACAGUACCACCAAUUGGUUUCAGCUCUUACAUUGUCUCAACUGCAAAACCGACAGGUCGUAGUUCAACUAUCUCCAAUGUAUACACGUCAGAAGGAAGUACAAAUGAGACCAUAGAAGUUGGGCAAGGAAGUUUAAAGCUGCAUUAUUCUGCAGAUGAAGGAAAACUUGCUCGUUAUGUUAAUAGUAGAAGUCUGGUUACAGCAUCUGUCGAACAAUCAUAUAGUUAUUAUACUGGAAAUGAUGGAACUGACAGAGAUCCUCAGGCCUCUGGGGCAUAUGUUUUUCGACCAAAUGGCACGGUUCUCAUAAAGUCUGAACAGAAGGUUCCUCUAACUGUCAUGCGUGGUCCAGUAUUAGAUGAAGUACAUCAACAACUCAAUCCAUGGGUAUCUCAGAUUACAAGGGUAUACAAGGGAAAGGAGCAUGCUGAAGUUGAGUUCACUAUUGGGCCUAUACCUGUGGAUGAUGGGAUUGGGAAGGAAAUCACAACUCAAAUUACAACAGCCAUGAAGACCAAUAAGACAUUCUACAUGGAUUCUAAUGGUCGGGACUUCAUUAAACGGAUUCGAGAUUUCAGGACAGAUUGGGACCUACAAGUGAACCAACCAAUAGCAGGAAACUAUUACCCUAUUAAUCUUGGAAUUUAUGUGCAAGAUAGCAGUACUGAACUUUCAGUCUUGGUUGAUCGUUCAGUCGGAGGAUCUAGCUUAGUGGAUGGCCAGAUAGAGCUGAUGCUCCACAGGAGGCUGUUUCAUGAUGAUUCUAGAGGUGUUGGUGAGGUACUGAAUGAAACAGUUUGCAUCCUUGACAAGUGUGAAGGUUUAACAAUCCAAGGGAAGUUUUAUGUGAGAAUCGAUAAUGUUGGAGAAGGUGCCAAGUGGCGUCGCACAGCUGGCCAGGAGAUAAAUUCUCCGCUUCUUUUGGCCUUCACGGAACAGGAUGAAAAUGAUUGGAUGAAUUCUCAUGCAUCGACUUUUUCUGGAAUUGAUCCUUCCUAUGCUUUACCAAACAACAUUGCUGUUAUAACCCUCCAGGAACUUGAAAAUGGUAAAGUACUCCUCCGGUUGGCUCAUUUGUAUGAGACUGGAGAAGACAAGGACUAUUCUGUAUUGGCAAAUGUGGAACUAGAGAAGUUGUUUCCGAGGAAGAAGAUCAGCAAAGUGACAGAGAUGAGUUUGUCUGCCAAUCAAGAAAGAUCCGAAAUGGAGAAGAAGAGGUUGGUUUGGAAAGUAGAAGGCUCUGCUGCCAAAGAUCCCAAGGUGGUGAGGGGUGGACCCGUUGACCCUGCAAAACUGCUAGUGGAACUUGCCCCAAUGGAAAUACGCACUUUCCUUAUUGACUUUGAUUACCUCCAUAUGUAUGGUUCCUGA